AGCUCUGUUUUUUCCUGCGCUGUCAGACACCUUGAACCCCCCACGGGCAUUAAACACCUUCACGCGUGAAGCGCUCUCGCUCGCGACGCCGCUGUUUGUUUGAUUGAAUGAAUGAAUGAUGCGUUCGCGGCCGGUCGGACAAACGGGCGCCGGGGGCUGAUGGAGGACGGAGCGCCGCCGCUUUGCGUCAAAGCCAGCUAAAGCUAAAACCGUGUGGACGACAAGUCAGCAAGAAACCACGGCCGACAGCAUACCACACCACGCUACUCCCGGAGCCACCCACGGAUCGCGCACCGGGGGUAUUUUCGGCACGUCUUGCAGCCGCACAUGCUCAUCAUUCCCCCCCGACAUCUGUGGAGCAGAGCGGGGGCUGACGGGGCUGCGGUCCCUGCGGGAGCUUUGUGAAGGCACGCCGUGCAGGACGGGUCUACCUGCAGCAGAGCUAACACAUGAGGCCCGGCUGAAGACAUGGACCUGAAUUUCUACUCGGACCUGAGCGGCGGGGCCGGGCAGCAGGACGGUGACCCGGAGUUCCUGGACCCGCAGUCCUUCAACGGGUUCGAGCACAAGUUCCCUGGAGGCAGUGACAACUACCUGACCAUCUCUGGGUCCAGCCAUCCCUUCCUUUCUUCCUCUGAGACCUUUCACACUCCCAGCCUCGGCGAUGAGGAGUUUGAGAUCCCUCCCAUCUCCCUGGACCCGGACUCGGCCCUCACCGUGUCAGACGUGGUGUCUCACUUCGGGGAGCUGUCGGACACGGGGCCGUCGGACAGCGUGGUGGUGCCGGGCAACGCCGUGGUGGAGGGAGACGACCCGUCCUUCGCCUCCACGUACGUCAGCGCCCCCACGCAGGGCCUGGAGCACCUGAGCCUGGGCGUGAUGAACCAGUCGGCGGGCAGCACGCUGCUGGGGUCCUCGCUGGGGAUGGAUCUCGGUCACCCCAUCGGUUCUCAGUUCAGCAGCUCGUCCCCGGUGACGAUCGACGUCCCGCUGGGGGACAUGGGUCAGGCUUUACUGGGGUCCAACCAGCUGACCACCAUCGACCAGUCGGAGCUCAGCGCCCAGCUGGGGCUGGGCCUGGGGGGCGGGAACAUGCUGCAGCAGCAGUCACCUGAGAACCCGCUGUCCGCCACGGCGUCGCCCACCAGCUCGCUGCAGGACGACGACGUAGACGACUUCAGGAGGAGCGUUCUGGUGGAGUCUCCCGUCUCGCUGGCCGUCUCCCCCGGAGUCAUCUCUCUGGAUUCCUCCCUCUCCGAGUCGCCGCUCUCCGCCCCGACCUCCAGCGCCUCCUCGGCCGGCGGGCGUAAGGGAGGGGCCGGGGGCGGGGGGAAGAAGGGCAAGAGGAAGAAAGACCCCAACGAGCCUCAGAAGCCCGUGUCGGCCUACGCCCUGUUCUUCAGGGACACGCAGGCCGCCAUAAAGGGGCAGAACCCCAACGCCACGUUCGGGGAGGUCUCCAAGAUAGUGGCCUCCAUGUGGGACAGUCUGGGGAGGAACAGAAACAAGUGUUACAAGAGGAAAAACGAAGCUGCGAAGAGGGAUUACUUGAAAGCCCUCUCGGAGUACCGGGACAGCCAGAUCUCUCAGGCCCCUAUAGAGGUGAUGGACACGGCCCCAUCGCCUCCUCCACCUCCACCUCCAGCUCCGGCCCCGGCUCCAGCAGCAACAGCAGCACCGACCACUACAAGCGCUCGGCCCACCAGAUCGCAGCACUACAACCCCGAGGAGAACACCAUCACCAACAUCUGCACCUCCAACAUCAUCCUGGACCUGCCUCAAGUCACCACUCGCUCCCGCACCGGCGCCAUCAAGCCGCAGCCUCCGCCCGCCAGCUCCAACCCCCCCACCGUCACCAAGAUCAUCAUCAAGCAGACGCCGCUGCCCCACGGCGGGGUAUCGGUGACCGCCACCGCCGCCUCGUCGCCGCGCCAGCCGCCGCCGCUGCAGCAGAUGCAGAGCACGCCGCCUCCGCCCCGGCUCCAACAGAUGGUGCACGCCCAGGCGCCGCCGCCCCUGCAGGCCAAACCGCGGGCCGUCGCCGCCGCCACCGCCCCGCCCCCGCUGCAGAUUAAGGUCGUCCCUCCCGUACGGCAGUCGGAUUCGACGGCACCGAUCAUCGUGACGUCGGGCGGUGGAUCGUCCUCGGCGGUGUCGGCCUCGUCCGCGCUGACGGUGGAGGUGGGACGGACGGACGCCGCCGGAGACGAGGUGGCGGAGUCGGAGGAAGGGAUGGAGGUGGAGGUGAACGUGGCUCCGGGUCCCAGCGUGACGCCCUCGGCGAGUCCGAACAUCUGCGUACGGGCCGGUUGCACUAACCCGGCCGUGGACAGCAAAGACUGGGACAAGGAGUACUGUAGCAAUGAGUGUGUAGCCACGCAUUGCAGGGACGUGUUCAUGGCCUGGUGUGCCAUCCGAUCGCAGAGCUCCACGACGGUCACAUAGGGAACGGACGUCUGACGGGAGAGCGCUACGCAGAGACGGGAGGACAAAGAAAACCCAUUAAAUGUGACUGAACAUGAAUGAACAGCAGACUCAGGCGUUGGCACAUAAUGGUUCAUUGCAAUGAUGCUCAUGUCAUCUCGGGGACGUAAACGAACAAAGACCACACGGUUGCCGGAAAAGUAUUCGAAAGUCAUCCCUCUGACGUUUCCUGCGCCACUCUGAUGAUUUUGUUUGAAAAUGUUGUAAUAAUCACUUACGCACAGAGAAACGGACGGCUCUGCUGCUCCACAGAUUUCUUAUUUGAUCAUCUAUUGUGAAUUUAAAUAAUGAACUGGAUAAAAAAAAGAAAAAAGGAGAACAUUUUAUAUGAAUUUCAGUGUUUUUAAUUGUUUUGGAAAAAAAAAGAAUGCAGCAAGAAUCUUGCAGGUAUUUUUUUUUCUCUCGCUCUCUUUUUUUUUAAUUGAUUUCAAGAAGCUAUUUGAUGUGUAUGCUCUUCCCUUUACUGUUGCAUUCAGGACUGAUCAGCGUGAAUGCGGUUUUGUUUAUGCGGUCUUCAGUCGUGUGUUGCUGGUGUCGGUGGUGAUGGAUCCGGGGGCUGUUACAGAGAACGAGAAGACCAACUGCAUAAAGCACAAACCAAACUAAAGAUAAAUCAGAGGCUUACAGGAGGGUUGAAGGCUUGUGAGAAGCCAAUUUGAGAAAAGGCAGAAGUGAAUCUGCCACCAGCUUAAUGGAUGAUAUUUAUUGCCUUGAAAAGCCACACUUCCAAGUUUGUAGUUUGUUGCUUCAAAAGAGGUGCUAAUAGUCUUUGUCCCCAUUUUUUUUUUUCUUGCAACUUCAUAGCUCUUUAACCACGUGGUUCCUAUUUUGCUUAUUAAGGAAGGUUAGUGAUGAAAUUUUCUGUUUUAAGAAGAAAUUUAAAAAAGGAGACAUGAUAAACACACCAGCUCAGACAACACUACUGACUGCAAAGGGAAAGGAAAUGUGUUUUAUUUUUCUUUUGCUUCAUCUUUUUUUUCAACUAAGGAAUGUUUGGUAGGUUUGAAUAUUGACCAAUCAAGGAUGGAUGUUUGGAAAAAACAAACAAAAAAGAAACCAAAUCAAACAGUUACCAGUCAGAUGAAAUGAUAAAGUCAUCGGUCUGCUUUAUUGUAGAUAACAUGGAAAUGUUUUUAAUUAUGAAAUAAACUAUUUUAUGUUGUAAUAUACAUUUCAUAACACACAUUUUGACCUCAUAAUUAAUUUUAAUCAAAAUGUUUUUCUCUUUUCAGAAGGGAUGGCUUUAUGUAUGUUUUCUUUUUCUUUUUUUGGGGGGUGUUUAUGUGUUCAGAGUGACAAACUUGAAUAUCAGAGAAGCUGUUAAUAAUUUGACCAUAUAUCUUGCAUAAAAAAAAUACAAUUUAAAUGAGGUAAACAAAUUACACACCCCACCUUCAAGAGUUUGUGAGUUGAUUUAUAUGAGAAUUUGACCAUUCAAAGACAGUUAAAUCUUUUGAACUGA